AUGAAGGAUGCAGAUGUCUCAAAGCAAAUUCAGCAGAUGAUUAGGUUCAUCCGCCAAGAAGCUGAGGAGAAAGCUAAUGAAAUAUCUGUUGCCGCAGAGGAAGAAUUCAAUAUUGAGAAGCUACAAUUACUUGAAGCUGAAAAAAGGAAGAUCAGACAAGAGUACGAGCGAAAAGCCAAACAGAUUGAUGUUCGUCGAAAAAUUGAAUACUCGAUGCAGCUGAAUGCAUCUCGUAUAAAGGUACUCCAAGCACAGGAUGAGGUGGUGAAUUCUAUGAAAGAUGAUGCUAAAAAGGCACUUUUACACAUCUCAAAUGAUGAACAAGUAUACAAGAAACUCAUCAAAGAAAUAAUUGUUCAGGGUUUACUACGCCUGAGGGAACCAUCUGUGCUACUACGAUGUAGAGAGGGUGAUAGUAAGCUUGUUGAGUCGUUGCUAGAGGAUGUCAAAAAAGAAUACUCAGAGAAAGCAAACGUGCAACCCCCUAAGAUUGCCCUUGAUGAUCGUGUUUAUCUCCCACCUCAACCAAAAGAUGGCAAUGUGGAUACGCAUGAACCUUUUUGUUCUGGAGGAGUAGUAUUGGCCUCAGAGGAUGGAAAGAUAGUGUUGGAAAAUACUCUUGACGCGCGACUUGAUGUCAUUUUUCGACAAAAGUUGCCCGAGAUACGAAAGCGUUUGUUAGCGUAA